AUGCUUAGUGCCAAGGCUGUAUACCCGGCGUCAACGCCGAGAUAUGCCGACUUCGCGAGUCGGAGAAGCACUGUUCACAGCACGAAUGGUAUCGUAGCUUGUACCCAGCCCCUGGCGGCGGCGGCUGGCCAGAAGAUUCUGAGUCAAGGGGGCAAUGCAGCGGAUGCUGCUGUGGCAGUUGCCGCGGCUCUCAAUGUCACUGAACCAACCUCAACAGGCAUCGGAGGCGACAUGUUCUGUCUUUACUACAAUGCCUCAACCAAGAAGAUUCAUUCUUUGAACGGCUCAGGUCGGUAUGCAGCCAAUGCCUCACUAGAGAAAAUUCGCGAGGAUCUCGGGUUGUCAGCGAACGAUCCAGGUGCUAUUCCAUUAAACAGCGCGCUCGCAGCUACAGUCCCUGGUGCUGCCGCAGGCUGGAUCGAUACAAUUGAAAAAUUCGGCAGUGGAAGAUUGUCAGUACAACAGAUUUUGACACCAGCGAUUGAGCUUGCAGAGAAAGGUUUUCCUGUGUCUGAGUUUGCUUCAAAUUUUUGGCACAACGGUGAGAAGCUGCUUCGUGAUGCAUCUCCAAACUUCAAGGAAAUGCUCAAGCAUGAUCCCUCUGCACCAGACGGUGUCAGGGCACCCAACCCUGGAGAAAUACUUAAAAACCCCUCGUUGGGCCGAACGUUCAGAACCUUGGCUGCUGAAGGAAAGAAAGGCUUCUAUGAGGGGCGCAUUGCUGAGGAGGUUGUGAAAGUGCUGAAAGAUCUUGGAGGAUAUCUUGCCCUAGAUGAUUUGAAGAAUCAUGCAGACAGAGGAAGCCAAGAGACAGACGCGAUUUCACUCAUAUUUAGAGGACAAGGCGUAGGGAAGCAAGGUGUCGCUAGCGACGGCAGUGAAGGUGGUGUUGAAGUAUGGGAACAUCCUCCAAAUGGCCAGGGAAUUGUAGCCUUGAUGGCUCUUGGUAUCCUCGAGGAACUAGAGCGCACGGGAAAAAUCCCACACUUCUCUCUGGAACAGCAUAAUUCAGCCGAAUACCUUCAUGCUGUGAUCGAAAGUCUACGAAUUGCCUUUGCCGAUGCCAGUUGGUGGGUAGCUGAUCCAGAUGUCGAGAAAGUGCCUACAGAGGAGCUGAUCUCUCGUCCAUAUUUGACUGAACGAGCAAAGCUUUUCGAUCCCAGCAAAGCAUCCGAUAUCUUGGACCACGGUAGCCCCGCUCACAAUCACUGUGACACGGUCUAUUUUGCCGUCACUGAUAAGGAUGGAAAUGGCAUUUCCUUCAUAAAUAGCAAUUACGCCGGAUUCGGUACUGGUAUAAUCCCAGCUGGGUGCGGUUUCACCAUGCAGAACCGAGGUUCAAACUUCUCGCUACAGGCGGGACACCCAAAUGUCCUGGCUCCGAAUAAGCGCCCUUAUCACACCAUCAUCCCCGCUAUGAUCACCAAUUUGGAUGGAUCACUUCAUUCCGUCUACGGAGUCAUGGGUGGCUUCAUGCAACCCCAAGGUCAUGUACAGGUUCUACUGAAUAUGUUGGCAUUUGGCUAUAGCCCCCAAGCGGCACUAGAUUCCCCACGCAUUUGCAUAGGUGCGGGGAUGCCUGAGGAAGGCAAAGUGUUGGACCGCACGGUUUAUGUUGAGGAGGGCAUCAGCGAUGAAACCGUCAACGGCCUUCGAAAGCUUGGACACCAGGUUGAAGUAUUGACUGGACAUCGGCGGGGKAUGUUUGGGCGCGGCCAAUUGAUAAGGGUCCAUUACGAUGAUGGCCAAUUGGUCUAUAGUGCCGGAAGCGAUCCAAGGGGUGACGGCCUGGCUAUUCCGUUGUAG